AUGGUGAUGAAUCUUGGGGUUUCCCCAGUUGUGACGUAGGGGGAUUUCCACCCACCAGAUCAGACCUUUUGUAGCUUACCAAGAGAAAAAGUGAAAGAAAUACGGAGCGAAGGUGUUCUGUUUGUCAUGUCACAGUCGUUAGUGGCUGAGCAACAGCUAAAGCGGUCUCUCAUUUUCUCUCGGGAUUUCUUUUCCAAAAAGCUUCCGUUAACUUCAGGCUUCCAAAAACAGGCGAAGCACCCGGAAAUGAGUCCAUAACGCGGGACUGAUGAUCUGAUCGCUGUUUCGGAGGAUUGCAAUUCAACAUAAUAACGACCUACGAGAGCGUGUAGGAACCAACGAGACUCUUUUUCUUCUUCUUCAUUGUGCCUGCAAUGAGAAACAUGAGCGUUCGGAACGGCACAGCGGGAGACCUUUAUCUAGAUAUUAUAGAUGAGUACCUUACGGAGAAAACGAUCAAAGAACUGUCCGUAACGCUCCCUGGUCCUCCUCCUCCACCUGUGGACCAGGACAUCCAGCCAGUUGAUCCGCCGUCUAGAGGCAGGCGAAGCACACCGGUGUUGGUCUCCAGAGGAGCAGCUCCACAUAACCCAUACAUCGUUGACCAGACCCCAACGGCGCACACUGAUGGUAUGGCACCAAUGCAUUCCAUGCGAGGCCAAAAAGUGGCAUCUCAGCGACGUGGACAGUCAUCUGUAGCUCCCCAGAGACUUCAUCCUCAGCAGACUGGAACAGAAUAUCUGGAGCGCUUCCUGGAAAAGCCAAAGCUGGUGGUGGUGGAGCAGCCGAAGGAGCGCGGCAUGCGAUUUCGCUAUGAGUGCGAGGGACGAUCCGCGGGCAGCAUACUUGGAGCCUCCAGCACUGACUCCAGCAAGACGCUGCCUGCCAUUGAAAUUCAAGGCCUCAUUGAUAAUAUCAAGAAAGUGAUAGUCACCGUGUCUCUUGUGACAAAGGACAUCCCGUACCGCCCACAUCCACACUGCUUGGUCGGGAAAGACUGUACAGAUGGCAUCUGCGUCAUCCACAUCAAUCCCCACAGCGCUCGUCGACACAGCUUUGCGAAUCUGGGCAUCCAGUGUGUGCGGAGGAAGGAACUUGAUGCCUCACUGGAGAAGAGGAGGAAUAAGAAUAUUGAUCCGUUUAACACGGGCCACUCUAAGAGCAUUGAGGACAUGGACAUGAACGUGGUGAGACUGUGUUUCCAGUGUGAGCUGGAACGAAAGGAUGGAGACAGAAUCCCCCUCGCCCCUGUAGUUUCCAAUCCCAUUUAUGACAAGAAGGCGACCACAACAGCAGAGCUGAAGAUCAAUCGGCUUAAUGUUGUCAGAGGCCCCUGCACAGGAAAGACUGAAAUUUACAUGCUCUGUGACAAAGUGCAGAAAGAUGACAUUGAGAUAAUCUUCAGCAAGGACGACUGGGAGGCCAAGGCGGAGUUUGCUCAGACUGAUGUCCAUCGACAAAUCGCCAUCGUCUUCAAGUCCCCACCCUUCAGGGAGCAGAAUGUAACCGAGGAGGUGGAGGUCAGCGUGUGUCUACGCCGCAUGUCUGACCGGAUGGACAGCGAGCCAGUCAUGUUCACCUAUGUUCCAGACAACGCAGAUCCCUACGGAGUGAACCGCAAGAGGAAAAUGAAAUCUGAUGUGAAGUUCAGCGAGCCAUGCAGCGUUCCUCAAGAUCAAGACAUUGUGAACGAACUCACCAUGCCACAGCAUUUUGACAACCAAUUCUACACCCCUCCCGAUUGUAACGUUCCCAAUGCUUCCAUGGCAGUCCCUGUUAUGGAUGGAGGCAAUCACAUGCCAUCCCAGGUUAUGGAGGAAAUUCAUUAUAAUGAAGACUUCAAACAAGAGGACGGUUGUGUUAGCCUGGACCCAGACACUUUAAAUACUGUCCUCCAAGGCAUUUCCCAAUGCCUUGCCAGCUUCAGACCAGACCAAUCCCAGCACGGUUCAGACCAGCUUCUUAAUCAGUUGUUUUUUCCUGGCAAUCUCAACUUUGGUUUAGAUGGCGCAGAUACGAAAUUGAACGUCAAUCAACCUAUGAUGAACAUGUCGUCUAUAAAUGACGUGCACUUCAGUCAGAUGGUGAAUGAGAAUCAGGCCUAUCCAGCAGAUCUGGAGAACAUCGAAGGCCUCAUUUUCUCCACUGUGAAGAACGAGAAUGACCUGGACCACUGAAUGCCACUGUGGACUCUUAUGUCUUGACUAUUGGGACUUUGUACAUACAGUCAAUGGUGACUAUAAAAUAAUUUUGGACUAGGAAAAGACACAGACUAAGUCAAACUUGUUAUUGACUGCCAAACCUGUUCAGCUGGCACUAUCUGACUUCCUGUUUGGUAGUAUGAACAUACUAAUGAAGUAAAUAACCUGCUCAGCCUCUGGUCUUAUGAAUGGCACUGAGGUUAAUGAUAGCCAAUGAAAGGCAGGAGAAGCAUGUAGCCACAUUGUGUAUUCUAGUAAAAAGGGAGCAACAGCUGCUGCUCAACUGCUUGUGAUGUGCCAGUUAUGAAAUGUGAUCUGUCAUUCGCUAAUUUAUUGUGUGGGUUCCAGAGCAGAACCUAUUAGUAUCGUGUAGAUGGUCCCAGACCCAAAUUCACUUCAUAUUUAAGUGUUAUAUAUAUAACCUAUUUGUUUUGAACAUUUCGGAAUAUUUCAUCCACAGAGGAAUUUCAGUUAACAGCAUUAAGGGGGACAAAAUCAGACAUUUAAAAAUAAUUCGGAAGUAGCAGUUGGAUUAAUUAAUGUAAUUCAUGCCAAUCUGACACCAUGAUCAAGCUAGGUGUGACAACAUGGUAAAAGCCAUUUCUGCCAUCUAAUCAGCAACAAUUAAAAUCCUGCACUGAAUCCUCUGCCCACUGGUGGCCGUUUGUAACUCCUGAUU